AUGUUCCCAUGUGGGGCAAGACAAAGUGUAACGUUAUCGGUCACCCUUGAAGGGAACGGCAUGUCUUUGUCCGCGUCUCAUUCUGACUCAGGAAAUGCUCAGCGCAUGGCUUGCGUAAAUGCACGUCGUGAUAAGCGGAAGCCACUAAAUACUGAUGUAGGGCAUGGUACGACCGCGAUUUUUGUGUGA